UAUUAUCCGAUGGCAUUCAAUCAUGCAGCACAGGCAUUUUCCUCCAAACAAAACUUUGAGGGUAGCCAGCAGGCCAAUUAUUUUCCUCAACUUCCUUCUUCAUUUUUUUCCUUCUUCAGUUCUUUUUCUUUUCUCCUCCUAUGGUCUAGGGGUUGGUUCUCUGUCGCUUUCCCCAUUUAUCUCCUCAAGGUUCAUGUGUUUAUUGCCUCUGAAGGCAUGCUAAUUUAGCCUCCAUUUCAUGCAACAUAUAUACUACCUUUUCUUUUCCUUUCAGCUUCAGGUAUGUGAGCUGAACCACUCCCUUGUUGACUUAGCUAUUGUUGUUUCCUCUUCUUCCCUGCUGGCGCUUCCUCUCUUUCUUUAACAAAUCAACAAAUUUAGCGUUCCAAUUGUGAAACAGGGAACAAAUAAGGUUUUUCUGAUAUAAGCCUGCACCAUGAAGGUGGUGUUGCUUCUAUUUUUAGCUCUCUAUUUUUAUCUGUUUUCGAGUGGGGUCGGUAGGAAUAUCUCUUCGAGACCUGCUGUUGUGAACAUUGGAGGUUUAUUCGCAUUCAACUCGACGAUUGGAAGAGUUGCCAAGGUCGCAAUUGAUGCUGCGGUGGAUGAUGUCAACUCUGAUCCAGGAGUUCUCCAAGGCACAAAACUGGUCAUCGAUAUGAAGGACUCCAGUUGUAAUGGUUUCCUUGGCACUGUUGAAGCGUUGCAGUUCAUGGAGAAAGAAAUCGUUGCAGUUGUUGGUCCCCAGUCUUCUAUGAUUGCUCAUGUUAUUUCAUGCGUUGCAAACAAUCUCCAAGUCCCACUGUUGUCCUUUGCUGCGACAGAUCCCGCACUUUCAUCACUUGAGUAUCCCUUUUUUGUUCGGACCACACAGAAUGAUCUGUUUCAAAUGGCUGCUAUAGCUGAAUUAGUUGAUUUUUACCAGUGGAAGCGGUUAAUUGCUAUCUUCAUCGAUGAUGAUUAUGGUCGAAAUGGGAUAGCUUCCUUAGGUGAUAAACUCGCAGAGAGGCGCUGUAGGAUAUCUUACAAAGCUGCAUUACGACCUGAUGCCACUAGAAAUGAUGUAAUGGAUUUGUUGGUGAGGGUGGCAUUAAAAGCACAUCGGAUUAUUGUUCUACAUGCAAAUCCAGCUGUAGGACUCAUGGUUUUUUCUGUAGCAAAAUAUCUUAGAAUGAUGUCGGAUGGUUAUGUUUGGAUUGCAACAGAUUGGCUUUCCGCACUGUUGGAUUCUUCAAUGCCUCUUUCUACAGAACAUAUGGAGAUGAUGCAGGGAGUUCUUGCAUUGCGUCAACAUACGGCAGAUUCAAAAAAUAAGAGUGCUUUAAUUUCUAAGUGGAACAAGUUGACAAAGAAAGAGGCUGGUGAAAAUUUUCAGCUCAAUUCUUAUGGUUUGUAUGCUUAUGAUACCAUCUGGACAGUUGCUCAUGCACUGGAUGCCUUUUUUAAUGAUGGUGGAGUGAUUUCAUUUUCUAAUUAUUCAAAGUUGCUUGAUGCUGGGGGAGGGGCUUUACAUCUUGAAGCAAUGAGCAUGUUUGAUAUGGGAAAUCUUUUGCUAGAUAAAAUUCAUACAACAAAUUUUGUGGGCGUGACUGGCCCCAUUCAGUUUGAUUCUGAUGGGAACCUCAUUCACCCAGCAUACGAUAUCAUUAAUGUGAUAGGAAGUGGAUUUAGGAGAAUAGGGUACUGGUCAAACUACUCUGGGUUAUCGGUAAUGUCUCCUGAAACACUAUACAUGAAGCCCCCAAAUCGUUCCAGUGCAAACCAGCAGCUCUACACUGUCAUUUGGCCUGGAGAAACAACAACAAAGCCUCGUGGAUGGGUUUUCCCCAAUAAUGGGAGAGAGUUGAGAAUCGGAGUUCCCAAAAGAGUUAGUUACCGGGAAUUUGUCUCAGAAAUGCCAGGCACUGACAUAAUUAGUGGGUAUUGCAUAGAUGUCUUUGUUGCUGCUGUAAAUUUGCUGCCAUAUCCUAUUCCUUAUAAAUUCAUACCUUUCGGGGAUGGCCACCAGAACCCAAAUUAUAACAAGCUUGUGGAAUUGGUCGCAUCAGGAGACUUUGAUGCUGCUGUUGGUGACAUUGCCAUUGUUACUGAUCGGACAAAAAUUGUCGAUUUUACACAGCCAUAUAUUGAUUCCGGUCUUGUCAUACUGGCCCCUGUUAAACAACACCACUCAGAUGCUUGGGCUUUCUUGCAGCCAUUUACUGUGGAAAUGUGGUGCAUCACAGGGGUAUUCUUUCUUGUUGUAGGAGCAGUGGUUUGGAUUCUUGAGCAUAGGAUCAAUGAUCAAUUCCGUGGUCCUCCAAAAAGACAAGUAGUCACAGUCUUCUGGUUCAGUUUCUCAACUUUGUUUUUUGCCCAUAAAGAGACUACCGUGAGUACUUUAGGGCGUGCAGUGCUGAUAAUUUGGCUUUUUGUGGUUUUAAUUAUUCAGUCCAGCUACACAGCUAGUCUAACUUCAAUUCUCACUGUGCAACAUCUCUCAUCUCCUGUUAAAGGACUUGACAGCUUAAUACAUAGUGAUGAACCUAUUGGGAUUCAGGCAGGUUCAUUCGCUGAAAAUUAUCUGGUUGAGGAGUUUGGCAUUGCAAGAUCCAGGCUAAAAGUGCUUGGUACUCCAGAAGAGUAUGCUAGAGCCCUUGAACUUGGUCCUAGCAAUGAUGGUGUUGCUGCUGUGAUAGACGAGCAACCAUAUAUUGAGAUAUUUCUAUCCAUGCAGUGCAGAUUUGCAAUAGUAGGCUCACAAUUUACCAGAAAUGGCUGGGGUUUUGCUUUCCCACGAGAUUCCGCCUUAGCUGUUGACUUGUCAACUGCCAUUCUUACCCUGUCGGAGAAUGGGGAUCUCCAAAGGAUUCAUAACAAAUGGCUGACGAGGAGUGCAUGCAGCUCUCAAAGCAUUGAUCUGGAGUCUGAUCAGCUCGAUCUUGGAAGCUUCUGGGGUCUGUUUCUUAUAUGUGGAAUGGCAUGUACAGUUUCUCUCAUCAUAUACUUCUUCCUCAUGUUGCGCCAGUUUAUUCGGCACUACCCCCUGGAGGAGACUGACUCUUCUGGUCAAGGAAGCUCGCGGUCUGCGCGCAGCUUUUAUUCAUUCUUCUCUUUUGUUGAUGAGAAGGAAGAAGAUGUGAAAAACAAAUCCAAAAGAAAGCAGAUGCAGCAGGCAGGAAAUAAUAGUACUGAUAUUGAAAACGAGCAUAGAUUUGUUAGCCCCUAGUCAUAUAAUUUCUUCAGUUUCUCCAUCCAUACCUGUAACUGUAAAUAUGCGAUCAAAUUGUUUUUUGAGAAGUAAUUUUGUCUGGUAGUAAUCAGCCACUCUUGUAUGCAUAGAAAAUGAAAUGAUAACUGUUUUGUAUACUGGAACAUUGCAUAUGAGAAUCAAAUUCAUAGUUCUUUCGUAA